AUGUCUAUAAAUAGGAUAAGAGCUCUACUACUGCGUUCCAAAAAGACCACUGCUAUCCUAUUACUAUUAACAUCCUUGAUCCUAUUUACAACUCUACUAUUCAAGGACAUCGAUCUACUACCCAAUAAUGAUCCGUACUGGAUAAACUAUAAAAUUCACAAACCACCCAACGAUGAUACUUUAAAGGAACUUAGUGAGCAAAAACUAGAGACCAAGAUUGACUCUCCCUUUCAGUACGGUUGUGCUAUUCCCAACACCGAUCAACAACCGCGUGCCAAUGCUGCUUUCGUCAUGCUCUGUCGCAACCUGGAAAUCAAGGGAGUCAUAUCGAGUAUGAAAUCGAUGGAACGGCAUUUUAACCAAUGGUAUAAUUACCCCUGGGUUUUUCUCAACAAUGAAGAGUUUUCGCCGCAGUUUAAAGAUGCAAUUUUGAAUCAUACCAGUGCCAAAGUUUCGUUUGGAUUGAUUGAUAUGCAAGAUUGGGAGUUUCUGAAGGAUAUACCUGAAGCUGAAUUGCAUGAGUGGAUAGAGUCACAGGGUGAUCGUGAGUUACUCUAUGGUAAUUUGAAGAGUUAUCAUAAAAUGUGUCGAUUUUAUUCGGGCAAAUUUUAUUUGCAUCCGUUAGUUAAACAAUUGGACUGGUAUUGGCGAGUCGAACCAAAUAUUGAGUUCUACUGUGAUUUAACUUAUGAUCCAUUCAUUGAGAUGGAAAAAAGAGGGAAGAAAUAUGGGUUUAAUGUGAUGUUGUUUGAUUUGUACUACUCCAUCCCCGGAUUGUUUCGCCAUGUGCAAACAUUUAUUAAAAAACACAACAUUAAAGUGAAAAGCAGUUGGAAUUUGUUUGCCUUGAACUCAAAGUGGCUCGAUGGCGAAGAUGAACUUGGCGUAUACGAUGGAAUUCACAAUUCGCACGAUUUAAUUGUUGAGAUUCAGGAUCAAAUAUACUUGCAGAAAUUUCUUCAUGAACAAACGGGUAAGACCGACGAUGUUUUUACCAAGUACCCUUAUUUAACGCGUCGUAUCCUCCAAAAGAGCAAGGAUAUGCCUAAAUUACACGAAGAUAGAACUGAUAAAGAAGAGUAUAAUUUAUGUCAUUUUUGGUCCAAUUUUGAAAUUGCUCGUGUUGAUUUAUUUACGUCUACGGGGUACCAGCUGUUUUACCAACAUCUUGAGUCAGCAGGAGGGUUUUACAAGGAAAGAUGGGGUGAUGCACCAGUUCAUUCACUAGCAGUGGGCAUGUUUUUGGAUCUUAAUGAAGUUCAUUACUUUCGAGAUAUAGGAUAUCGACAUGAAAUAUUUGUUCAUUGUCCAGCUAAUGCGCCCGAACACCAAUUGGAAUAUGUGGCAAACCCCAACUAUGUUGCAUUUACUGCUGGUGAUGGGGACACCACACAGGAACGAGUUAUUUCACCCGAUAAACCAAGGUACAAUGGUGUUGGAUGUAGGUGUAAAUGUCCCCAGGAGUAUGAUGAUAUUGAAAAUACUGAAUGUAUGAAGCGAUGGCAAAAGUAUACACAAGAUGAUUAUAGAGAUCCAGAACCAGUUAAUCUUGAGUCGUGGAAAAAACGAUUAACGAGAAAGAUCAAACACCACUUAAUAGCUGGAGGUAGCAUGGAGGAAGAUCUAGUAUAG